CUCAGGACAAAAUGGCGAUUUAAUUUUCAUAAAAUUACAAACAUCGUAGAUUUUAGUGAUUUUCGACAUAAUAUUAACGAAUCAUAGGUAUCAAAUUAUGAUCAAAUAAAUCUUGAUAUGCAAUGCAAUCCGUAGUUCUAUACGGGCGGUUAGUAGCACGAGCCGUUUGGAAUGGAUUCAGUAACGAACUCACUCAUCAAAAACAAAAUUCCAAAUUUUGUUCCACACAACCACAACCUUUGAGGAACCUUCAACUUGUGUCUGCGACCGCUGGCUUUGCAAAGUCGAUCACGCCGAGUCAGGUCCAGAGAAGAUGGAUAUAUGGAGAUGAUGCUUGUUUCAUAGCUUCACAUAAAUCUUCAGAUGUUUUGGGUGUUGCCGAUGGAGUAGGAGGAUGGAGGAAUUAUGGGAUAGACCCUUCUGUGUUCCCUCAGAGUUUUAUGCUAACAUGUGAACGUAUUGUGAAGGAAGGGAGGUUCAUUCCCAACAACCCACAGGAAAUUAUGGCAAGUGGUUAUGCCGAGGUGCUUCAAAAUAAGAUGCCAAUGAUAGGAAGUUGCACAGCUUGUAUUGUUGCCCUUCACAAAGAGGAAGAAACCCUUUACACGUCAAAUCUAGGAGACUCUGGAUUCCUUGUAUGCCGUGAUGGGGAGUUUGUCCACAGAUCAGAAGAGCAACAACACUAUUUCAAUACGCCGUACCAAUUAGCAGCUGCACCCCCCAGUCAACAAGGCUUGGUAUUAAGUGAUAGUCCUGAAUCUGCUGAAAGCUCAUCAUUCAACGUGCAACAAGGUGACAUCAUCCUAGUGGGGACAGAUGGACUCUUUGAUAACAUGACUGAUGAGAUGAUUCUAGAACAUUUACGUAAACUAAAAGAUCGUAGGCGGGAAAGUAUACAACACACAGCCAAUAGGUUAGCUGAAUGUGCUCGAGACCUCUCCUUUGAUCCAGAUUAUAUGUCGCCAUUUUCUAUGAAUGCUGAGGCUCAUGGUAUAGAAGGUAUUAAAGGGGGUAAACCUGAUGACAUCACAGUUGUCCUAGCAACAGUAGACUAUAGAUACAAUGAUGGAAUCACCUAACAACAGAUGACCAUAUUAGGAAAUUUAGUAUAUUUAUCAGUGCCAUUUCUCAUGAAGAAAUGCAAAAGAUUCUAGGAAAUGUAACUUAGGCGCACAAGAUAUGUACUGUACUGGAUUUACAGAGAUGAAAUGUACAUACAAUAUUCUCCCUAAGAUGUACUUAGGUGAAAUGUACAUACCAUAGUGUCCCUAAAGAGCACAUUAUGUAGGAAAAUUGACUUAGGUGGAUUGAACAUACCAUAGUCUCCCUAACACGCACAUAUGUAGGAACUUGUCUGAGAUGAAAUGUACAUACCAUAUUCUCAUUGCACAUACGUCUUUUGUAGGAAAUUCACUGAGGUGAAAUAUGCAUACCAUAGUCUCCCUGACAUGCAUAUAUGUAGGAAAUUUCCUACUUGGUUAGAUCAGAGAUAUUAAAAAGAAUUUUAUUUUAUAUUCUCUGGUUUGAUAAGAAACCUAUGAAAUCUACAUUGGGCUAAUUUAAAUUACCUAGAGAAUUGUACAUUACCUUAGACUUGAAGAAAAUAUGAGAAUGACAAAUUUAAUAGUUGUGAACAAAAAGUGGCAUUUACAUGUUUUUUAUUUGUGUACUACUACUGAAUUUCACAAGUUAUGGAAGUUGAGGAAUUGAUGCAAUAUUAGGAAAAUAUCAUAGUGUCAAAAUUGACUCUUCUUCUGGGCAAUGAAAAUAUAGCCUCUUAGAGUUAUUUAUUGUUAAAAUAUAAAAAAUAAGCAAUAGAUUAUCAACUCAAUCUCCUCCAUUGAUUUUCUUUUUUUCACAUGACUUUAUUUCCUUCAAAUGUAACAAUUAAUUAACAUUACAUUUUUGUUACAUUGUUACCCAAACCAUGUAACUUUGGUCAUGUGGCAAAUCGGAAUGAGUCUUGGAGUGCGUUUUUGAACUUCCCACAGACGAGUGCAUUGCAUAGUAUAUAAUAAGUAUCGCCCCUGGGUACCCCGAAAAUGAACAAUGAGACCAUGCUUUGCAAAUUACAUGCUCACAGGUUUUCAACAAAAACAGUUCAUCCAAGCGCACUUAAACCGCUAAUUAAGCUGUGACAACCUUGUCGCAUGUGUCAACGGGGCCGGCUUGUUGCUAGUACACCACAAGAGUUCGAUUGCAAUAAACCGUGA